AGGUGCAAAAGUAUUAUUGGCAAAAUGAACCUACUCAUUAUGCAGCAGAGUGAACCCACUCAGAUUUAUUACACAUGAUGAUUUUAGAUCAUUAUUACAGAUGCAUAAAUGUGUAAACAGCAUUUUAGUGCUGGUGUAGGUCGAAGAGGAGCAUCCACUCACUACUUUGUACAAUAUUGGGUCUUUUAAUAUAUAACAAUGCAUCAUAUUGAAAGAAUUCAGCUACAUGUUGUGCAUAUAAAAUAUUAAUUUGAAAAGUUAGCUGUAAGAUGAAUGUAUUAGAGUGAAAGGUACAAUAUUUUCCUCUAAAAUUUAACAGAGUAAAAAUAUAAAGCAGCCAGAAAUACCAGAGUACUUGAGUACAUUUCAAUUAAAUAUGUGAUAAUACACAUGGUUAAACUGCAUUGUCUAAAUGUUGAAUAUAAAUUUGUAGGAUUGUAGUUUGGAAAAGUGGUAUAAGUUUUAAAAUAAUUAUGUUGUAUUCUCUGAAAUUAAUAUUUCAGAGAAAUAGUUUAAUCUGUUGUUUUUUUCAUUAUCUUUUUUUCCCAUUAGAGCUCAAUGAAACUGUCAUUUGCACCAACGAUCAUAUGGAGGUUGUGAUACCCAGUGUUUUUUUCCUCAACAAAGAGCCUCCAGUUUAUGUUUGGGAUUUGCAUUUAAAUGAUCCGGAGUGCCGUGGCAUUGAGGUCGGAGAUGAUUACGUCUUCAGCAUAAAGACCAAUCUGUCCGACUGUGGGACUAUAAUGGCCUCAGAUGACACACACAUCAUGUUCAUCAACACCAUACACAACAACGACUCAGAGGUCAUCACGAGAAACUACAUCAACAUAACGUUUGUGUGUCGCUACCCCGUCAAUUACAUGGUGCGGCAACCCAACGGGGAAAACAUGAUCAGAGUGGACGUCAGAACGAUCACUCUAAACACGGAGGACGGAAACUUCUCCGUGUCCAUGUUGUUGUACAAAGACGAAGCCUUCGAGGACAGAUGGACGACUGUGCCAUCGCUGACCCUGGAGGACGACAUCUUUGUGAAGGUUUUCAUGAUACCGGCUGACCUGAUGCUGCGGAUCGAGAGGUGCUGGGCCACACCGACCAGUGAUCCAUACAGCAACAUACAGUACACCUUCAUCAGAGACAGCUGCCCGGUGCUGUCCAACGAGCAGACCCUGAGUGUGCUGAAGAACGGCCAGGGUCCGGAGGCCAUGUUCCGGAUACAAAUGUUUAAGUUUGUCGGCAGCUCCUACGCCAACGUCUUUCUCCACUGCAACAUCCAGAUCUGCCACAACGCUCCGGGGCUGUGUCAGCCUAACUGCUCUGGUGAAGUCACAUUAAUGAGGAUGCGCAGAGACGUCCCACUGUCCCACACGGUGUCUUAUGGACCAAUCAGACGACUACCAAACAGUGAAAAGCCCAAUCUGAAUGCAGGCGGAGGCCCCCCCGUGGAGACUUUUGUCCUAGGAGGGCUGCUGGUCGUCCUGCUGCUUAUCACAGGGGUGUUCGGGAGGCUGUGGCUGCGCUCCAGACGUUUCUACCCGGCCCGGGAGGCGCAGCUCACUCUGUCCAACAUUCACCACAUCUCAGAGGUGGCCUCGUGAAGCAGGCCAUCAGGAGCUUUUCUCAGCUGAUGAAUGGACAAACAAACACAUGUUCACACAUGUACAAAUGCAAAAGCAAAUGCACACUUGUGAUUUAUGAUAACGACGAGAGUCUUGCAGGUGUUUUUCUUUAUAAAAUUUGUUUUUUAAGGAAAUCGACUUAAUAAAGUUCUCAAAUGUUGCUGUUGUUUUUCUCAGUGGUGAAAGUUAAGUAGGUCAUUGUACUGUGCUUGAAUAUUCCCAUUUUAUUCUUCUUUAAACUUCAACCUCACUACUUUUCAGAAGCAAAUGAUCAUGAACAUUGAAACACUGCUUACCCAGCAAUACAUCUGUAAUUAUAAUCUACAUUAUAUAACUAUACAUUUUAUGUCCCUUUUAUACAAUAAGUAAAGGGGUUUUAGUUGCAGUGGGAAUAUUUUUAUUAUCUAUGUUAUUUAAGGGAUAAUGUUGGUUUUAAUCCUUGAUACGAGGAUCCGUUCAUUGGUCAUUUUUGUCUUUGUCUUUUGGCCUUUAAGGAGAAAUGAGAGUUGGGACAAUAAUAGAUAUUUAACCAGGAAUUCCAGGUUAUACAUAUGUUUGUUUAUAAAAGAAUAAACUGGUGAAGGCGGCCUCAUGAAA